UAUACAGAACACCAAAUGAUUGAACCGGAAAAGAAAGACCCCUCAGCACACGAUAAUCAAUACACUAAAUAUACAGAACAAAGAAAGAAUAUUAAAAAUCUGCAAGGGAGUGGAGCAGAAAAAUCUUCAGGUCCCUGGAAUAAAACUGCUCUGGUACAAGCGCCUCCUGCUCCAGUAACAGUUACAGAAACCCCGGAGCCAGCAAUGCCUAGUGGUGUAUACAGGCCUCCUGGGGCAAGGCUAACCACGACAAGGAAAACGCCACAAGGACCACCAGAAAUAUACAGUGACACACAGUUCCCAUCCCUGCAGUCCACUGCCAAGCAUGUAGAGAGCCGGAACAGGGAUAAAGAAAUGGAGAAGAGCUUUGAAGUAGUAAGACACAAAAAUAGAGUUAGGGAGGAGGUUUCAAAAAAUCAGGCCCUUAAACUUGAGCUAGACAACCAGUAUGCUGUGCUUGAGAAUCAGAAGUACAGCCCCACACAGUACAGUUAAGGAAUGGUCUUUGCUAAGCCUUCCAAGAUAACUAGACCACAGCCAACCUCCAAGAACAGCCAUUCAGCGUCUUGAUUUCUGGAUCUACAGUGGCUGACUGAAGACCUCGGUCCAGUGGCUGUCCCUGUUGCACUA